GAUAGAGGAAUCCCCCUCACGCUGCUGGUUAUCGGCGCUCAGAUCUGCCGGCGGCUCAUUUCUGCAGCGACGCCGAGACGCCAUGAAGCGGAGCGACGCCGUCGUCCUGCUGCUGGUGUGCUGCAGUGCAUUGUGGGUAGCCUCCUCUGCCGAAGCUGAAGCCCCGCCCCCUGGAUGUAACUUCCAAAUGGCGAUGUCCUCAACGUCUGAUGGAAACACACAAAGAUCCCUGUCUCCCUGGAGCUGGAGGUCCAGCACCGUCAGGGACCGGAUCCCGGCCACCCUGUGGGAGGCCCAGUGCAGCAGCAGGUCCUGUCCCGGUCCCGGUCCCGACCAGACCCAGACCCCCGGACGGGACGUGAGGUCUGUGCCGAUCUACCAGAGCGUCCUGGUUCUGACCCGGCGCCAUGGCGCCCGCUGCUACAGCGCCUCCUACUGCUCUGUGGCCGUGGGCUGCACCUGCACCCGGGCCCAGACCCGCCAGACCUGAACCCAGCAGACUCAAAGAGGACCUCCAGAACCAGAACCAGAACCAGAGCUGGGUCCAUCAGCAGGAACCAGGAAGUGAAAUGUGAAGCAGAGAACCGUUCUGAAUGUCGCUGGUCUGGAAAAAAAUGUAUCU